GGAAUUUCAGUUCAUAACAGACAGCUGCCGAGGAGAAAAACCACCAUCCAAACCUUUUCUCACUACUGACUCCUCCGUCUCUGCAACCUUUGGUCGGAAACGCGAAAACCUUAACAACUCUCUCGUUGAGGCUUGAAGGUUGUCAAAUGGGUGCUGACGAGAGAUUAACAGCUUUGAAAAAGGCGUAUGCUGAUAUAAUACUUAACACGUCUAAGGAAGCGGCGGCGAGGAUUAUGGUUUCAGAGCGGAAAGCCCUUCGAUUUCAACACGAGCUGCAAGUGGUUAAAGAAGACGCCCUUCGGACUCUGCUCAGGAUUAAGCAGAUGAUGGAUUCAAAGAUAAAUGAAGCGGAGUCAACACGGUUGAGUCAACAGAGAAAGAUUGAAGAACUAGAAGCACAGCUACAUGAGGCUGAGGAUAUUGUAAGUGAUCUUAGAGGAGAGUUGAGAGAAGCGCAUGCUGCACUGGAGAGAGUGAAAAUCAACAAACAAAGUGCUCAUAGAGAACCCAAGGAGAACACGGUAUUCUGUGCAUCAGAACUUCAAGAUGGACAUGUGGCAGUUCCUGACAUCGUCAAGAACAUGAACCUUAUCCAGAUAAAUGAGGGCUACAAGUCUUGUAGCAGGACAGUUAAUCACACGGGCAACACUUAUUUCUCACACCCUGAUCUGCCCUCUAUAAUACUGAGAAGUAAGGAACCGGAGCUGUACAGGAACGGAUGCACACAAAGAAUCCGUGCUUGUGAAGGAAACACGUUAGCCAAGGAACUCUCACUUUCAGGGAAAAAGACAGGAAGAAAUGAUGAGAAUAAAGAAGUCUGUGUAAUACCUGCUGAGAAGGAAGUAGUGGUGGAAGAAGCAGACAGAUUGGUGAGCUUCAGUUCAUUUAAUAAGAAGAGGAAGAGAGCAAAUAGAUAUGGAAAAGGCCGAGUUGCUUUAGAUGGAAACCUUCCCCCGACUCCUCCUUCUCUGGUGAAGACGGAUGACGAAGGACAACCUAAUAAUAACAACCUUGAUUGUGAUGAGAAGAAAGAAGAGAGCAUGGUUCUCUCAAAAUCUUCUUACAGGAAAAGAAAACGGGCAAAAAGAAAUAGAAAAUAUGGAACUGAUUUGGAUAGAAACCUUCCUGAUCAUUCUUCUGAGAUGACUCCAUUAUCAUCAUCUCCAGAAAGAGAUGACUCAAAACCUGAACUUGUUGAGUCUCAUGGGGUUGAGAAAGAAGUUUCAGAUCAUAAUGGAUUGGCAGAAGUGGUGGCACCUGCAUUGCAGGAAACUGGAUCUACAGGGAGUUCAGGGAUCACAGUUCAUGAUAAAUCAGGUUUAAAGGUGUGUGAUGCUGCCAAGGAUGAAAAUAGGACCUUCAAAUAUACAUUCCAGAGAAAGCGGAAGCGGGGACCACCCUCUUCCAGAGAAGUUGAUGAUUCUGCACAUAAUGCUUCUGCACACAACUGUACUGUGGUGAAGAAUGAAGAGGAGAAACAACAAAGUGUUGUUUUGGUAGAUCAGCGGCCAAAGUUGUCAGCAGAAUCAUCUCGAGAUAGUAGGAGAAUGGCACAGGUUGCCCGCCAGCUCAUAUCAUUGUCAGAGAAGAAGUGGUGGCAAUGAAUAUAAAGUCUGCCACAGGAAGGAAAACAUACCCUCUGUGAACUUGUAUGAUCCAGGAUGGUUGGUUAGUUCCUGGUGAGCAUUGAAAAGCUGCGAUGGAAUAGAUAAUCACAUAAAUAUGACAGUAGUAGAGAUGUUAAUUGUAUGGCAUCAAAUAUUGAUGCCAAGUUCCAUACGUUGUUGUUGUGACUGAGACUUGACAUUCUGUGGAAGUAUAUAAACUUCUUCCUCCAUUUACGUUAAUCAAAUGUACGGAGUAAAUGUUUCUAGAAAUUCAUUUCAAGCAUUUAGUAGAUUCAUCCCUUCUCGUGCUUCAGAACCAC